AUAUUCGCACAAAUAGCCUGACAUAAUUUGGAGGCACUGCUGAGAUCGAGAUUAUUUUCUCAUAUUGGUACAAACAGUGAAAAACCAUUCCAAUACUUCUGUCAAGCUAGUUAUUUCUUUUUAUUAAUUGAUUGAGACCAGUGUUGCAAGCUGUGAGAGUGGGAACACCCCAGAGCAAAUGAUCCACGAUGUUGUUCAAUUCAUAUAUACACGGUUAAAAUUUGAUCAAGGGAUGGAUAGUUGGAUUAAUGAUUUGAAGAAAAAUGCUAGAGCAGAUCUUAAUGAUAUCUGGGCAACAGAUGGCCUGGUUGAACGCUAUUUAACAUGUAUGAACUUAGCCUCUAGCAGUUCAGACAAAGAAAAAAAAUUAAUAUGUGCCCUACCUCCUGUUUUAUAUGCAUUAAUGGAGGUAGAUACUCUAUCAAAAGCUAGAAAAGAAAAUGUAGAAAAUUUGAGGUCUCAAUUACAUGAGAUAGAAUCAAAUAUCCAACAUAUGAAAUCUGAGAGAAACCAAUUAGAGAUAGAUAUCUCAAACAAGGAAGCCUUUAUUAGGGACUUAGAAACUGAUGCUGAACAUAGUCGCAUAGCAUACUGUAAGCUCAGAGAGGAUUUUGAAGAAUUAAGGCAACAGUUGUUUAAAAAUCAACAGUCAGGUGUAUAUGGUGUGGAGAGAUUUCCUGAUCCUCCAGUAAUCACUCCCCAAUAUAAAAAUUGGGCACCAUAUGUUCCUAGAGCCAAACCAAUUGAUAAUGUUGAUUCAGAGGCACAAGGUGUUUUGGGCCGGCUGGCUGAAGCUUGCCAAGCUGUGACCACCUUAUUGGGCAAUCACAGAACCAGGACCCGUAUAGACUCCUGUCAAGACUCAUCCCCAGAGAGGAAUGAGCGCCGUAAGUCCCUUGUGUCCAAUGUUUCCUAUAAAAGUUAUGCUUCCAAUCUUAAUACAAGUGGGUCUGAGAGUGAUGAGAGGAAGCGGGAUUCCAGUCUUGUCCCAAGAAGGGGGAAAAACACCCAUAAAAGGGGUUCAAAAGGUAAAAAUCCCCAAUCUCCAGAAGGAAAACAAAAUUCUGCCAGCAUAAUUAAAUUUUUGAAUACUGCUAUACCAAAAUUUUCUAAGAAAGGUUCCUCCCAAAUAGCGACCCAUUUAGAAAUGUAUGAGUCUACUAUGGACUCUUUGGACUUGUCUGAAGCAGACAGAAUCAGGUUUCUUCCAUGGGCCUUUGAUGUCAGAUACCGUCAUUACUUUUCCUCCUUUAGAGAGAGAGGAAUCACUAAAUGGCAGUCAGUCCUACAUGAAGUUGAAUUAGAAUUUGGGCCAUACUGAAAUACCACUGCCGCAAAG